UUUUUCUCCAAAUAAACGGGAUGGGCACACAAGAUGAAACAGUGAAAGAAAAUGCAGAGCUUAGUGCGCAGAGUCACGGCGGUGACACGCCAUCAUCAACACCAACCAAACCUCUCAUUCAAUUCACACACUCACCGUAUUUCCUACACUCGUCCUCAAACUCACACACAUCUACGAGAUCACAACAUUUCCUCCUUCGCCACUCAUCAUUUUCACUCAUGGCGCUCCCUUUCCACCAAAAUUCGUGCCUCUCUCUCCCAACCUAUGAUCGUCCAACACUUCGCCUUCACUUCGCGCAUUUCUCUCUCCAAAACCCUCCUACACCGCACCCUUCCUAGAUUUCUUCAUUUUCGUCCACACAGCUUUAAUUUCAACCAAAAUUAUCAUUCUUACCGUCGUUGGAGAUCAUGGUUCUUCAUGCUAACACCAGAUAACGUGGUUCUGGUCUUGAUUGUUGCUAAUGUGGCUGUUUUUUUAUUUUGGAGAACAGCAAAUAAAAAUUUUAUGCUAAAUAACUUUACUAUCUCUUUGGACAAUAUUAAAAGUGGACGCUUGCACACUUUGAUUACCAAUGCAUUCAGUCACGUAAAUUCCGGGCAUUUGAUUUUCAACAUGAUAGGACUCUACUUCUUUGGAGUGAAUAUUGCAAGUAAUUUUGGAAAUGAAUUUCUGCUGAAGCUAUAUCUUGCUGGCGCAAUUGGUGGUGCUGUUUUCUUUCUGGUGCAUCAAGCCUACAAGGCUCAAACAUCAAAGGGCUGGAGGGCCAUCAACCCUUCAAAGGAAUUAGCAUUGGGGGCAAGUGGAGCUGUGAAUGCAAUUAUGCUGCUUGACAUAUUCCUCUAUCCGAGAGCAACUUUGUACUUCUACUUUGUUAUACCAGUGCCUGCGGCAUUGCUGGGAAUCUUUUUGAUCGGGAAAGAUAUGCUGAGGAUAAUAGAGGGAGACAGUACGAUAUCAGGAUCCUCACAUUUGGGGGGUGUUGCAGUUGCAGCCAUAGCAUGGGCAGGAAUUCGGAAGGGAAGAUUCUGAAUUCUAUUUCACACCUUUGCAAAACCAAUUUUUAUUUGAUUCAAUGAAUUAUUGAUGCUAUAACAUACCAUUUGUUAUCAUUUUUAAUUAGCAACCAUAGCUUAGGUGAAGUUAUGGGGUUCAAUGGUUAUGAAAAAGUUAUUGGGUUAGAUUUGACUUAGCAAUGCGUCUACAUCUAACAUCACAUGCACAUACUAGUUAAAAAUAUUUGGAGUUUUUUCUUGUUUGGUUUGAAUGGUAGCAUAUCAGUUAUAUUAUGACCAAUAUUAGUUC